UAGUUUGAAAUGUGUGCGUGUGUUUUCAAUGCAAGACAUUUUUUUCUCUUUCCAGUAGAGAACGUGAGAAGAAUAAUAACAAAUGUCUGACUCCUUACAGCUGGGAAGUGCAACACUGUACUGCAGUACAAUAUUUACUCACUAACAGUAACAACACAGUUUUCUUUAAACAUGGAUGAAGAUAAUGAGUGGGUAGUGGAGACCAUUGCUGGAUAUCUCGGCAGUCCAGAUUGGGUUAUACCCGUAACCGAUUUUAUCGAACACAAAUGUACAGUAUUUGAUGAUGAUGAUGAAAAUAAACUGUCCUAUACAGAAAUCCAUCAGCAGUACAAGGAAAUGGUAGAACAACUGUUGGGUAAUUACACACAGGAGGUUGGUAUCAGUGAAGAACAAUUUUUGGAAGCAUGCAUAUCUCCGCUGGCACAAUCAAAGGCACUACAGAAUGUGUUUCAGCCAGUAUUGGCUGCAGAAGACUUCGAAAUAUUUAAAUCUCUAAUGAUUCAGAAGAAUGUGGAGCUGCAGCUGCAGGCACUUCGUGUGAUCGAGGAGAAGAAUGGUACACUGCCUGAGUGUUUGACAGAUGGUGUGGACAUGAUAUCGGAGUUAGAAGAGCAAGAGCUCAGAAUACUGAAGGAGGUCCUAAAGAGAUCAAAAGAUGAAUAUGAGCAGGACCUGGCAAAAAAAAGGUUCUCAGAGGAAGAAUCUGGGUCUGCUUCAAACGGCAGCUCACGGGAGAGCAAAGAUCAACAAGAAACCUGUCUGAGAAAGCAUUCAGAAAAGGAAAGUGAACAAACACAGAAAGCUUCAAUUAAGCAAACUCCUAUGUCCGAAGAAACAUGUGCAUCUACAAAAAUAGCAGAGGUAUUGGAGGUGUGCAAAGCCCCAGUAAAAACUGUGGAGAAAGGAGCAGCAGUUUGUGCCUCCCACACUGAUGAUGCAAGAAAGAAGAGUCCCACCAAAGUCUGUAUGCAACCAAGUGCAAAGUUGCUGCCAGCGUGUUUUCCAGGGAGAAGCAGCAUUGGGAGUACCUGUGCCAAUAGUAAAGUCCUUGCACCAGUCAAAGUCCCUGUCAAUGGGUCCGAGCUCUGUCCAGCAUCCACCUCCUUAGACCACAAGAAGAGCAGCAGUGAGGCUGCAGAGGCUUGGUUAGAAGAGGCCAGGAAGGAGGCAGGGAUAUCUAGACCUUUCACUGAGCUGUCAGCAGAUCAGCAAGAGCAGCUUCAACAGCGAGCAGAGUACCUGAAACAUCAGCGGGACAAACUUCUUGCCAUGAAGAAAGAGCAGAGACCUAAACCGACCCAUACUGAACCUGCAGCGGAGCUUUCAAUAUUGACAUCUGAGAGCAAGCAGAAUGUGGAUAUUUCUAAUACAAACCUCACUGCUAAUAAUGUUGUGAAAGAAGAAACACUUAGUAUCUCAAAAACUGUGAGCACACCCUUAGUAGAAAAGGACAAGGUAAUUUCAGAAGAUGAGAAAAAGAAGAUUCAGAAACGAAAGAACCUGGCAGAAAAGCUUAAACAAGAAGUAAUCAAAAAAUGACGGGGUAGUCUGUUACACUGACAUUAAAGGCGCAUAUGGACUUAUGAUUUACUGAACUUUAUUUGGUUUAUUUUGUGCCAGAAAUUUGGUGUAAAGAAUGCAUUAUAUAUAAUGCAUAUGUGUCUCAAUUAGUUUUAAACCACGGUUGCCUGUGAAAACUAAAGGAAAUAGCUUAUACUGUUAAUAUGGUGUUUAUGUUAUGGUACUUAAUCAAAAAGUCAUGUUCAUGUCUUAAUGUUGUGUUAGGAACUUUAAUUGAAAGAAUGAAAAAAAAAAAAAUCUUAAUUUUCUCAUUUACCAAAGAUCGUGACUGCUAUUGCUAAUUUCAGUUAUAGGUGUUGGUUCCAUUGUUAAUGAAUAAGAGAGGAAGUUGAAAAAUACUUUGUUUUGUAUUUUUCAAUAUUUUUUUUAACUUUUGAAAGGAAUAUAAAAAUAGGUCAAUUUUUCCUGUUACCGUACAAAUUAUGUGUAUUGCAAACUGUACAAUACACCUCUAAAGCAGGAGGAAAAAAAACAGUGGGUCCCUACCAGUUUAACGCACAGGUUUCUUUGAGUGUGACAAUUGGAAUAUAUAUUAUAUAUAUUUAUAUAAUUACAAAGUUCAUAUGGUUCUAUUGUGUUGCAUUUUUUUUUUUUGGUUGUUAUAAAUGCAUAAUUACAUCCAAGCAAUAUAGGACUUUAACAUGGUAUCAGAAUAUAUUGUUGUAAAAUGGUACAAGACACUUUCUCUCUCCUCCCCCCUCACACAACUUGAGGCCUAUUUGUCUUAAUUUUAUUUGCUGCAAACAAACCAAUUCAAUUCCACUUGCCAGGCUGUUGGAACAGUGCCUCCCUUUUAUAAAGCUGAAGAAAGUGAUAUUUGUGCACCACCUUACAAGGAGAAUAGAUUACGGAGACAAUAGGAGCCAUGACCACACCACCCUGGAACCGGUUCCAAUGUGUAAACAGGGCCACCUUAUAAUGUGGAGCACUGUACAGGUGUUAAGAUAAUUCCCAAUGAUGUGAAGGGUUCUAUCAGGAACUAUUUCUGUACCAGGUUGAGCCGAUUCUGCCAAACAUGUAUGUAUGAUGGGUCUGACUACAUUUGCAAUAGGCUUUUACUAAUCGCAUUACUUGAUGGAAAAAUCACUUAACUACUAUGUCACAGUUUUACCUGGGAAAAACAGACUGCAAUUGUUCCGAAAUUGGUUUAGUACCAUUGUGGAACCAUCAUACUGAAGCAUAUUACAUGCAAUAAUACUAAACUCCAUGUGACCUACCAAUGGACCAAGAUGCAGCAGUUUUAUUGUAUUACAGCUGUAUUUGAAGUUACUUAGGAGGUAAGAAAUUCUUAGUACUCCUUUGAAGGAAAGAUUAUUCCCUCCCUAAUGCAUUUAGCAUGAGCAGCAUUUUAUUGUAGGCCAGAAUAUAUGUAAUAAAAUGUAUUAAAACAA